CACAAAUCGACAAACAUGGCGAUGCACGUUCCCAAGGCACCGGGCUUUGCCCAAAUGCUUAAAGAAGGAGCCAAGCAUUAUAGUGGCUUAGAUGAAGCAGUUUAUAGAAAUAUAGAUGCAUGCAAGGAGCUAGCAGCCACCACACGCUCAGCAUUUGGACCGUUAGGUCAAAGUAAGAUGGUGAUCAAUCACAUAGAGAAGCUCUUUGUCACAAAUGAUGCAGCAACAAUCCUCCGAGAAUUAGAGGUCCAGCACCCAGCUGCCAAGAUGCUGGUUCUGGCUUCCCAGCAACAGGAACAGGAAGUGGGUGAUGGCACAAAUUUUGUUCUGGUGUUUGCUGGGGCAUUGCUGGAACAAGCUGAGAUGUUGAUUAGGAUGGGACUCUCGGUGACAGAAGUUUCAGAGGGAUAUGAACUGGCUCUAAAGAAAGCCCUAGACAUUCUCCCAGGGUUGGUGUGUACCGAGCAGAAGAACCUGAGAGAUAAAGAGGGGGUAGCAACCGCCAUUAGAACGGCUGUAAUGAGUAAGCAGUAUGGCAAUGAGGACUUCCUUGCUGGUCUAAUUACUGAUGCUUGCUUGUCUGUCCUUUCAAAGAAGUUGGCAUUUAAUGUAGACAAUGUUAGAGUAUCUAAAAUCCUGGGGUCAGGAGUUCACCAAUCAGAAGUAAUACAGGGUAUGGUGUUUAAAAGGGAUGUAGAAGGGGAGUUAACCAAGGCUGACAAAUGUAAAAUUGCUGUGUAUUCAUGUCCCUUGGAUGUCCUACAAACAGAGACUAAGGGAACAAUAAUAAUCAAAUCAGCAGAUGAACUGAUGAAUUUCAGUAAAGGAGAAGAAAACCAAGUAGAGGAGCAAAUUAAGGCCAUCGCAGAUUCUGGUUGUACAGUGGUGGUGGCCGGGGGUAAGGUUGGAGAACUGGCCCAGCAUUUCUGUAAUAAAUAUAAACUCCUUGUGGUCCGUCUGAUGUCCAAGUGGGAUCUACGACGCCUGUGUCGCUCAGUGGGGGCCACUCCACUACCUAGAAUUACCCCACCCACUGCAGAUGAGGCAGGUUACUGUGACAAAGUCUAUGUAGAUGAGAUAGGGGACACCUCUGUUAUUAUUUUUAAGCAAGAUGCAGAGGAAAGUGCCGUAGCCACCAUUGUUAUUCGAGGAUCGACUGACAAUGUCAUUGAUGAUAUAGAGAGAGCUAUAGAUGACGGGGUCAACACAUUCAAAGCUCUAACCAAGGAUUCCAGAAUGGUUCCGGGGGCAGGUGCCACAGAAAUAGAACUUGCUAAACAAAUCAGUUCUUAUGGAGAAAGUUGUCCAGGACUUGAGCAAUAUUCCAUUGUGAAAUUUGCUGAGGCACUAGAAGUCAUUCCCAAGGCCUUGGCAGAGAAUGCAGGAGCUAAGGGCACAGAAGUUCUGUCCAAACUUUAUGCAGCUCAUCAAGAAGGAAAGAAGAGUGUUGGAGUAGAUGUGGAGUCAGUGCCAGUAGGAGUGAGGGAUGCACUGGAAACUGGAAUUCAAGAUCUGUACAUCAAUAAAUACUGGGGACUGAAGUACGCCACAACAGCUGCUUGUACUGUUCUCAAAGUGGACCAGAUCAUUAUGGCUAAAGCUGCAGGUGGUCCCAAACCUAAGGAGAACAAAGAUUGGGAUGAAGAUUAAUCCAGAUUAAUGCAUAGAUAAUCCUAAUUAGACAAUUAAUAACAACGCUGGCCCACACCAUCUCAUAAUGGUUGUCACCAAGAUUAAAUGUGUUCAGAAUUCAUCAACCUCAUCAACAAAUCUUCAUGUUAAUGUAGACACAUGAAUCGAGUUGCAAUAUUGGAUUUCAUAACUUAUGACUCAAGUUUCACAGUGUCAGAUACUGGCAGUAAAAACCAAUAUUGUGUGCUAUUUUUGAUAUCUUUAUGUUAAUGAUUAUAUGGGGCCAUGCCAAAAAAUUUUGUUGGCAAAGUCUGGCUUAGAAAUUCUUUGAAUAUUUUAUAUUUACAGUAUUUUUCAUCAUUGAGGAAUGUCUGAAAACUUAUCAUGAAGGAAUACUUGCAUGAGGUGGUUGAUUUAUGCCGAAUGAACGUGAUCAAAUUUUGUGGAGUUGUUAUUGAAUUUUAUUUAUGCUUUUGUAAAUGUCCCAAUAUAUACACCAAUCUGAAAAUAAAAACUUGAAUUGCAAAGUAAA